AAGAAGUGCUUCCGGGGUUCUACUUCCUCUUUUCUCUCUGCAUCGGGUCGCGAACAUGGUGAACGUCCCGAAGACACGCAGGACUUACUGCAAAAAGUGCAAGAAGCACCAACCCCAUAAGGUUACCCAGUACAAGAAGGGCAAGGAUUCCCUCUAUGCACAGGGUAAGAGGAGAUACGACAGGAAGCAGAGCGGCUAUGGCGGUCAAACAAAGCCCAUCUUCCGUAAAAAGGCUAAAACAACAAAGAAAAUCGUGUUGAGGCUUGAGUGUGUGGAGCCCAACUGCAGAUCAAAGAGAAUGCUGGCCAUCAAGAGAUGCAAGCACUUUGAGUUGGGAGGUGACAAGAAGAGAAAGGGCCAGGUCAUCCAGUUCUAAGCUGUGGCGCAGUCUUCUGAAUGAAGUUGUCAACAUUUUCAAUAAAUGUGUUAAAAUUUCCAA